AUGCCGGCCUUUCGCGUCCUGCUCAACUGCGUGGACCACUACCAGGCCACCCCUACAGAACUUGAUCCGCAGUUUAUAUCCAAUGAUAAUGAAUCCGAACUAAGGUCAAGAUCCAUAAAGGUUCCGGUGAUCCGAGUUUUCGGGGCAACAGAGACCGGGCAGAAAGUAUGUGCGCAUAUACACGGCGCAUUACCUUACCUAUACCUUGAGUAUAAGGGGGACUUGAAUCCUGCAGAAGUUAAUACUGCUAUCCGAACGUUGCAUGCGUCCAUUGAUCAUGCGCUAGCUCUCAGCUACCGGCGGAAUCCCCUUGACCAUUCAACGGCAUUCGUUGCCUAUAUAUCGCUAGUGAAGGGCAUUCCAUUCUAUGGCUACCAUGUAGGCUAUCGGUAUUACUUCAAAGUUUAUCUACUAAACCCGUUGCACAUGACGCGGCUCUCAGACGUUCUCAUGCAGGGUGCUGUGAUGAAACGAGUCUUGCAACCAUACGAAAGCCAUCUGCAGUUCAUCCCUCAAUGGAUGUGUGAUUACAAUUUACACGGAUGCGCUUAUAUUAAUUGUUCGAAAAUUAAAUUCCGCCCUCCAGUGCCUUCUUACAUCAAUCUGGAAAGCUCAGACCAUCUUUGGCAUGACGAAUCAAUUCCUCAACAGCAUAUAUCCGACCCUGACAAAUUCCCGAGGCAAAGCCACUGUGCGAUAGAAGUGGACAUCCAUGUCCAAGAUAUAUUGAAUCGCCAUGAAGUUAAGCAACGAGAAAUACACCAUGACUUUGUGGUAGAAGCCGACCAAGGCUUGCUCACUGAGAAGCUAGUGCCAAGCUUAAGGGUCCUCUGGAAAGAUGAGGAAAGAAGAAGGAAAUCUAAGCUGGGCUUAAAUGGAUCUGAGGGUACUCCAUUUUCACAGAAGGAUCUAGCUUCAAUGUCAUCUAACCCUCGGCAAUCAUAUUCAGAGGGUUGGAUACAUGAACGGGAGUUCCGUGAACAAAUAGAUGCCAUUGUGACAGAAGAACGAAGGAAAAGAGACAGUUCACCCUUAAGCAGCGAUUUUGUUCACCAUCCAGAGUUCCAUGAACUAGUUAAGACCGCCCUAGAAAGUGUCCAGGAGUUAUAUCCAGAGAACGUCUCGGGUUCACAUGCAGAUGCUAUCCAAUCUCAGAUCAGUAUGGAUGCCCACAUUGGCAAUGUUGAAGUUGAUGAAACCCGCAUUGACUCUUUUGGAUUGGAUACAAUUUUUGAUAACGGUGAUAUGGAUGACCCUAUUUCCCAGGACUAUCAAGAGUCUGAAACCAUGGUAGGCAGAGAAUUAGCACCUGAUACAAGGCAAGUGGGCCGUGGAGAAACCUUGAACUCCGAGAUCUUUUUGCAGCCUUCCCAGCUUGAAGAAUUUGGCAUUCGAAGAGUAUCAGAUUCAAUAAACAGCGACUGCGAUAUGUUCGACAUUGAUUCCGAGUUCUUAAGCCUGAUGAACUCCAAGCUUAGGAAACGAGACCGUAACGAGGAGAGCUCCCCCGAAGAGUACAGGGAAAAGAAAAUCAAAGUAACCGCAAAACCUCACACUGGGUCCUCCCCGAAAAGGGUCCAGCCCCAAACACUCAUGUCUAGAUCAAGGGCGCAAGGAACUAUGGAAGAAAUAACCGACAUUUCCACAAGCGAUCCCCCUAUUUCCUCACAGAAGUCAAGAGUCUCUGGCGGAGAUAAUCAGCGUCUCCCUUUUCUAGUCGUUAAAGAUCCCACCAACCCAGCUACUGUGCUGAGGCUGAGCCAACAGAACCAACAGUCAAGAAAAGCGCAGCGAACCCUGGAAAAAGAAUGUUUUCUUCCCGGGGGAAGUACCUCCCAAACGAAUAAGAUCAUUUCUUCAAACGAAGGGGAGGUUGAGCCUAGUACUAUACAAUCACAAGACAACUUACAAAACAUCACGUCAUAUCAACUGCCCAAAGGUUGCAAGGUGUAUUGUUUUCUUCCGCAGUGUCCAUUGCCUUCAUUUAUCCGUAAUACUAUAUCGGAAGAAUGCAGACCAAGCGUUAUCUACCAAGAAGCUUAUUAUAGCAAUGAUACCGAUGUCCCUGAGCGUGCACGCGAAUAUGCUGGCAAGGAAUUCAAGCUCGAAAGCAAUACCCUUCCCUUUCUCCCAACAUAUGACCCUACAGGAAUUUCUCCUGCAAUGCUUGGGGAGAAACCGCCUCUUCUGUUGGAUCGAACAACUUUUGAGGAAGAGAAUAAAAAGCUGCGCAGAACGUGCAGUUUACGGACCUGGGAAUUCGCUGCGAAGCCGCCCAUUCCGGCCGAUGUCAUUGACUGGUUUAAACAUGACAAGAUUCAGAAGAACUGUCUGAAAAACUCUUCCGCGGAUACAACCGCUCGGGGCCUCCCUAUUUCCCAAAUUGAUGCGCCCACUCAACAUAAUAAGCAUGGCUUCAAAUAUUCCCAGAGGGACAAAUCUUCUACUAUACAACACGAAGCUAAUUAUAUGAGUGUGAUGAGUUUGGAGGUCCAUGUCAAUACUCGUGGUACAUUAGCCCCAAAUCCCGAAGAGGAUGAGGUGGCCUGUAUCUUUUGGUCAAUUGCGUCUGAGGAAGAAGGCCGUCACCGUGGCAUUGUAGCCCUCUCUGAAACCAGUAACCUAUCGUCAAAGUUUAAAUGUGAACUUGGAGUUGAAUUUCAAGAGGAAACGUCUGAACUUGAAGUUAUAAACCGAAUUAUUGGGAUUGUCAGGUAUUAUGAUCCUGAUAUACUGACAGGAUAUGAGGUUCACAACGGUUCCUGGGGUUACCUGAUCGAACGGGCGCGGCGAGGCUAUGAUUAUGAUCUCUGUGACGAGUUCUCGAGAGUAAAGUCACAAUCCCAUGGACGCAUCGGCAGAGAGACAGACAGAUGGGGGUUCAACCAUACCUCCACUAUUCGUGUCACCGGAAGGCACAUGAUUAAUAUAUGGAGAGCUAUGAGGGGAGAGCUUAACCUUCUUCAGUACACCAUGGAAAAUGUGGUUUUCCAUUUGCUUCACAAGAGGAUUCCUCAUUAUCCCUUUGAAGAUCUUACGCGGUGGUUCAAGAGUGACAGACCUCGAGAUGUUGCUAAAACGAUACGGUACUUCUCUUUAAGGGUUGACCUUAACCUUGAGAUUCUGGACGCGAAUGAAUUGAUUCCAAGGACAAGCGAGCAAGCCAGAAUUCUCGGUAUUGACUUUUACUCUGUCUUUUCUAGGGGAUCACAGUUCAAAGUGGAGUCUCUAAUGUUCCGCAUUGCUAAGCCGGAAAAUUUUGUCCUGAUAUCCCCUAGAAGGAAGCAAGUUGGUCAACAAAAUGCGUUAGAGUGUCUUCCACUAGUGAUGGAACCUCAAAGUGAUUUUUAUACCAGUCCUUUACUUGUCUUGGAUUUUCAAUCUCUCUAUCCAAGCAUCAUGAUCGCCUAUAAUUACUGCUAUUCAACAAACCUGGGCAGGAUCGUUAACUGGCGAGGUCGAAAUAAAAUGGGUAUUACGGACUAUGAAAGAGAGCCUGGCCUACUGGGGUUGUUGAAAGAUAAGGUCAACAUUGCGCCGAAUGGAAUCAUAUACGCAAAACAAGAGGUUCGGAAGUCACUACUUGCAAAAAUGCUCACCGAAAUCCUUGAAACCCGCGUCAUGGUGAAAAAUGGCAUGAAAGAGGAUAAGGAUGACAGGCCUCUACAGCGCCUGUUAAAUAAUCGACAACUUGCCCUCAAGCUGAUUGCCAAUGUUACAUAUGGCUACACAUCUGCAUCCUUUUCGGGGAGGAUGCCAUGCUCGGAGAUUGCGGACAGUAUCGUCCAAACAGCUAGAGAGACCCUAGAAAAGGCAAUUGCACUCAUCCACUCCGUAAAAAGAUGGGGUGCUGAGGUCGUCUACGGAGAUACUGACAGCUUGUUUAUCUAUCUAAAGGGCCGGACACGGGAAGAAGCCUUUGAUCUUGGGGAAGAGAUAGCGAAAACCAUAACUGAUUCAAAUCCACGACCAGUCAAGCUAAAGUUCGAAAAAGUAUAUCAUCCAUGCAUACUUCUCGCCAAAAAACGGUAUGUUGGCUAUAAGUAUGAAUCCAGAAAUCAGCAAAAGCCUGAAUUUGAUGCCAAGGGCAUCGAAACUGUUAGAAGAGACGGAACGCCUGCGGAGCAAAAGAUCGAAGAGAAGGCGUUACGGCUUUUAUUCGAAACAUCAGAUUUAAGUCGUGUCAAGGAAUAUUUCCAAAAGCAAUGCUCCAAAAUUAUGCGAGGAAAGGUCUCAAUACAGGAUUUCUGCUUUGCAAAGGAGGUCAGAUUAGGGACUUACAGUGACAAGGGUGCUCCUCCCCCUGGUGCUCUCAUCAGUGCGAAACGAAUGCUUGAAGAUCCCAGGCUGGAACCCCAGUAUGGGGAGCGAGUACCGUAUGUGGUCGUUUCGGGGGCCCCAGGCGCGCGACUUAUUGAUCGCUGUUUUCCGCCUGAUGUAUUACUCCAGGACUCUCAGCUGGAACUUGAUGCGGAAUAUUAUAUAUCCAAAAAUCUGAUUCCUCCCUUGGAGAGAAUCUUUAACCUAGUUGGUGCCAACGUUCGGCAAUGGUAUGAUGAGAUGCCAAAGUACCAACGCAUGCGUCGCACAGAGGGAGCUAUGAACGCCCCAGCCGGGCGGCCUGGCCAAGAUGGUAAUGCUACUAUGUUUAAGAAAACGCUGGAGUGUUACAUGAAAUCAUCGUCCUGUGCGAUCUGUCGAAGCAAGUUGAACACCGAAGAACAGCGACAACAAAACCAACAACCAAUAUGCAAUGUAUGCCUCCGCCAACAACCUCAUCUAUCACUUCUUAAGCUUGAAUACCGGAUGCAUGAAUCUGAAAGAAGGGUAGCCAACCUACAAGAUGUAUGUCGUUCUUGUAUGGGCGUCGGAUGGGGCGAGGAAAUUAAGUGCGAUAGUAAGGACUGCCCCGUUUUCUACGCUCGGACGAGGCAGACUUCAGAUCUAAGACAUACCAGAGCGCUUCUACAACCUAUAAUCAAUGCACUUAAUGAAGCGACUAACGAUGACGAUGAACCUGACGAACAUGAACCCCUGAAUUGGUGA